CAGUGGUCUUCAGGUCUGAAAGUCGAAGCUCUAGAAAAAGGCCAGAGUUCCUGAGUUAGAAUUCCGAGUUGAAUGACCGUUCAAAUUGAUUUUUCCCAAUCGGAGCUCGUUUUUUCCGAGUUCCCAGUUGUUUUGAACGCCCUGAAGUAGUAAUUCCGAUUUUUCCCAGUCUCAGUUGUUUCGAUCGUGGCAUUAGUCUCAGAAAUAUGUCGUCAUAGCACGGACAGCAACAACAAACAUGGAAGAAUAUGCCCGUGAACCUUGUCCCUGGAGAAUAGUAGAUGACUGUGGUGGUGCGUUCACCAUGGGGGCCAUUGGCGGAGGGGUGUUCCAGUCAGUCAAGGGCUUUCGGAAUGCUCCUGUGGGCUUUCGGCACAGACUAAAAGGUAGCGCCAAUGCUGUGAGAUUAAGAGCUCCACAGAUCGGUGGUAGCUUUGCUGUGUGGGGUGGACUCUUCUCUACAAUCGACUGUGGCCUGGUCCGUAUUCGAGGGAAAGAGGACCCCUGGAACUCUAUAACUAGUGGGGCGAUGACUGGGGCAGUCCUGGCUGCACGCAGUGGGCCUUUGGCUAUGGUGGGGUCGGCCAUGAUGGGGGGCAUCCUGUUGGCCUUGAUCGAGGGCUUUGGGAUCCUUCUCACCAGAUACACCGCACAGCAGUUUCAAAACCCGAGUCCCUUUGUGGAUGACCCCAGCCAGCUUCCUCCUAAGGAUGCCAGCCAACAGCAGACUGGGUCCCAGUAGGUUCCAUGGAGCUGCCGGGCCUAGCUACAGCCCUGCGUACUGUAACUGACAAUCUCAGACUAGAGAGGAGAGGGGUGCUCUGAAACCUGACCUCACUGGUGUAAGCAACCUCACCCUGAACCAGCCUCUAUCCUCCCAAUGGUCAUAAGAACAUAGAUGCACUUUAUUAUUAUUCCUCAGGGGUAGAUUACAGGUUAUUUGAGUCACUUGUUUAUGAAUAUGUUUGUGUAUACUGGUUCACCAGUGUUCCUUCUGACUGGUCCUGAAUUAUACCCACCUUUAUGAGAUUCAUUUAUGCACAAAACCAGCAUUUUGUGGUGACUAAGACUUUUGGUGCUGAAUAACUGCAGUUACAGAAAUAGAAUGGGUAGCUAAACAUGAAUAGGCAUUAAUACAGGUACGUGUGAGUAUGUAAUGACUGUAUUUAGGAUUAGAAGUUAGUGUCAGGGGUGACAAAAUCAAUGCUGUUCAAAACUGAUGUAAUUGAUUUUGCUUGUAAAAUGUAAUGCACUGAGGGAGGAGAACUGCACUAUCAUUCCAUUUCCUCUCCUCAUGGCAGCUUUCAUAACCGUGAGGCUUAUUAUAACGGUAGGGAUUCAGGGUCACAUCACAAACACACUUAUCUUUUGAUUCCAUUUGCAAACUCAGAAGGCUGGAAUGGAAGGCCGUGUCCAUAUGCUCAUGUGUUCUGCUCCGCUGUUUACCUCGCUCCCUUUGCAUGCCCACACAUUUCCAAAGCCUAAGCACUAUAAGGUCUAUCCACGUUGUUGAACCAGAGCACUUUCCUACUCCAUCUCUUUAUUUGUUAUUAUGGUCAUAAAACUUGAGAUGGAGAAGGUUUUUGACACAAUUAGAUAUUAUUUUGUCAUUCAAAACAUGUGACAUGUAAUGUAUAGAAUGCCAUAUUUGUUGAUUUUAAUUUAUUUAUGAUGCAGAAAAUAAGAGUUAGCAGUGUAAUUGACUGGAGAAAAAAAAUAUUAAAUUGUUGAUUCUGUAUGGCUUAUAAUCCAUCCCCUCUGAUGCAAUCAAGUACGCAGCAAUAUGGGGGCAGUUGAUUAUCCUAACCGAACACGCCCCCUACCAUGCUUUGAAUUAUGGGAGAUGUGGUCUGUUAUUUGAUUGAACAUGGAAAAAAUGGACGUGCAGCCGCCGCCUAUCCGAACCUUAGAUGAUUUUGUUUUGAGCUCGGCUCAAUUCGCCGUGCCAGAUAUUCGUAAUCUGGAGAGAUGGAACAAUCGGAUCAUAAACAACUUGCUGUAUUACCAGUCCAACUAUUUCGUCUCGUUUUUGACCAUCCUGGGAAUAGUAGGGUAAGUUUCUGACGUGGUCGUUUUCUGAAUGCAAGCACAGCUGCUUUUGUUAGCUGCUUUUGUAUUGUAGUACGAGUCAUCACAAAUUCUGUGGAUAUGGGUGUGUGAUGGGUCCAUGUUCCAUAAUCAUAUAUUAGCUAAUCGCCAUUGUAUUGGAUUCAUGGUCCAAUGGGACAUAAUGAGUUAUAACCUAUAGAGAAAAGUCAACUAACAUCAGCCAUCUCUAUAUCCCUCCUGGUCUGACAGUUAUUUCCAGCCCUUCAACCUCUUCUUGGGGGCCACAGUUGUGACAUUGAUAUUCAUGGGGUUUGUAUGGGCAGCAGAGAACCAGGCCCCCAUCAGGCGGUUCCGCCGGAACCACCCGUCCCUGGCCCUGGGUGCCAUUCUGGGGGCCAGCUACCUCUUCCUCACAGUGCUUGGGGGAGUGGCCGUCUUCCUCUUCGGCAUAGCCUUCCCCAUCUUAUUGAUAUUGAUCCACGCCUCUGUUAGACUGCGGAGCCUCAAGAACAAGUUGGAGAACAAGCUGGAGAGCAUUGGUUUGAAGAGAACACCUAUGGGGCUCCUAUUGGAGUCACUAGGACAGGAACAGGAAGCUGGAUCUUAGAGGGGGAGGAGAGGAGGAAAAAAGGAGAUAUGUGCCCUGUUCUAUUUCAGUCUCUUGCCUCUUGCUCCUUUGGUAUGCCCAAAUCUGAAAGGAAUGGAUGAAGCUAAGCUCCAUCAUAUAUCCUGUCCUGCCCAGAUAUGUAAUCACAGGGGUAGGUGCCAGAGACUUAAAUGGAAUGAGGCCUCAUACUGAGUGCAUGAAAAGUAGAGGAAGAGAGGAGGGAAGUAAAGCAAAGGUGUAAUGAUUGUUAUGAUUUCUCAGUGUCACAAAGGUGGUGUAACAGAUUGUAAAUUCUGUGGAAUCUAUUUGGCCUAUGUAAUGCACACACUAACUGAUGUGGGUUCUUCCCCUGCGAUGUAAGUCAUUUUGCACCCCUUGACAAGUUCCUGAUAUAGAGUUUACAUUGUGUCCUCAGAAAAAUAUUUGUAAAAAGACAUUGUGCGCUGAAAAUCUGCGCUGAGAAGUAAACGUGGCCUCCUAACAGACGUGUGUUGUAAGUGCUACAAUAAGAUGGUUUUAAAAAUGCAAUUUAACGCCAGUGUUAUGGUUACAAAACAUGAUUUUACAUAGAAACCUAAAGGUGUUUGAUGAGUCACUACUCUGUGAUUCCUGACCACACUGCUUUUUGUGUUAUUGUACAUCUUCCACUAUUGUUGGGUUUUGCAAUUUAAUGCAGUUGAAAGUUUAAAUGUGUUUUGGGAUGGAAGGGCAACAGUGGAACAACUGUAUGCUUUGCAUAGAAAUAUAAUUAAUUCUACUUCUAUGAUUUUAUUAUUCCAAGAAUGUUUACCGAGAUUAUUUAUGCCUCUGCCCACUCAUUAUUUGGUGCCAAGAACAUUAAUGUCAGUCUGCCUUCAUUGUUUAAAAUUCUAUUCAAUUGAGAAUAUUUUAUAUUUCUUUGAUCAUUGCCUUCUAUGGACUUAAUGUGUGUUUUUUUACAAUGCUGUCAACAUGUAUUUACACUUCAUUUACUAAAUAAUAUACCUUA